AUGUCCUCACCAGAGCCCAGCAUCACAGCCCGCAACUACUGCAGUCAGGAUUUGCAUGAAGCGGAAUUUGCUUGGGACAAAGAAGGCGCGGUGGACACGGACCGGCAAUCGCUGCUUGAAAAGAAGCUGGCAGAAGCUGUGGCCAAGGUGGAGGAAGAGAGAAAAAAGAUCCUUUCAUCAGAUGAAGGAAGCCGCCACUCUUGGCAGCUUUGUCGAUCUUGGUCCUCCCUCGAACGCGCCAUCCUUGCUGGGGAGUCCUUGGGUGAUGAGGCUUUGGCUGCCCUGAACAUGCGUUACACGGCCGACGACGAGGAGUUUGUCGUCUCUGUGCCCCCCGACCCUUCGGAUGUGCGAUACGCGGACCUCCAAUUGGAUCCGCGCCAUGUGGCUGCAUCGUCGCUGAUUGGCUAUGGUCUCAUUGCUGGCAUUUUCUUUGGCUUCAUUCCCAUUGUGGCUGGCAUUACCAACCUUACCACGCUGGAGAGCGUUUGCAAGAUUGGCUUCCUCAAUGACUUCUUCGGCCGCAAUCCCAGCUUGGCUGCGAUGUGGGAAGGACUUGCCAGCACACUUGGGCUAACAAUCUUUAUGUCCUUCUUACCGACGUUUUUGGUGAUGAUUUUCAGCGCCUGCUUCACUAUGAAGGCAAAUGCAUGGGAGCAGCACCACAUUCAGCAGUGGUAUUUCUACUUCCUGGUGGUGUACGUGCUCCUGGUGACUGCCGUGGGUACGUCGCUGUGGGAUAGAUUCAAGGAACUUGUUGAGUCACCCACUUCCAUCUUGCAGCUCAUCGCACAGACACUACCCGCUGCAUCUCACUUUUAUUUGAAUUAUGUACCCUUGCAGUGGGGUACUCAUGGUAUGAACAUGCUGCGCUAUGUGAACCUCUUCAAAUUCCUUGGGUUCCGGAAGGUUUGCUCCGAGGACACAGCUCGAAUUAAAGCAGAGCCAGAAGACCAAGAUUAUUACGGUAUGGGCUCACGAAGUGCCAGACAUACACUCAUUGCCGUGACUGGCCUGGUGUUCUGCACUCUUUCUCCCCUGAUUACCGUCCUAUGCUUCAUCAAUGGUGCUGUGUGCCGCUUUCUUUAUGGGUACCUCUUUGUCUACGCCGAGACAAAGAAGGCAGACCUGGGCGGUGUCUUCUGGAUGACCCAAAUGCGACAUAUGCAGCAGGGACUGUUGAUCUACAUUGCCCUCAUGACUGGCGUGCUGCUAGAGCGUGCUAACAGCAUUGUUCCUUCUGUCAUUGCAGGAAGCAGCGCCGUACUUUGGCUGUACAGCUACCGUCGCUUCAACCAUGCCUUCCAUUUGGAAAAUCUCCCGCUGAGGGACAUCAAGGCAGGAAGAACGCAGUUUGAGAGAUUUUUCAAUGCGUGGAUUUACUGUAUGGGUUUGAAGUUCGAAGGCACUAUAACACAAUAUGUUUGCCUUCUCUGA